GCCGACAGUCCCCUUGCGUCUUCGGUGGUGUUAAAAAGGAUUUCUCUCUCCUCUCUCUCUCUCUCAUCAGCUGCCACACGGAUUUGAUAACUAUGGUUGCUCAGGUGUUGAAAAUGGAAGACCCGGAAUCCGACGACAGUACAGAAGAAACCGAAGAGGGCAAUGGAGGAGAGAUCCAAUGGUGCUUCUCUCAAGUCAAGGGAACUCUCGACGACGACGUGAGUGAAGCGGACAUUAUAUCCUGCGUGGAAUUUAAUCAUGAUGGUGACUUGCUGGCAACAGGUGAUAAAGGAGGCAGAGUUGUUAUCUUUCAGCGGGAUCCCUCAUCCAAGAGUUGUCACCCAAGACGUGGGGAGUAUAAUGUCUACAGCACUUUUCAAAGUCACGAGCCAGAGUUUGACUACCUUAAAUCGUUAGAAAUAGAAGAAAAGAUUAAUAAAAUUAGAUGGCUCAAGAGGAAAAACCCUGCACAUUUUUUACUCUCUACAAAUGAUAAAACAAUUAAAUUAUGGAAAGUGUCAGAGAGAGAUAAGCGUGCAGAAGGCUAUAACUUGCGGGAUGAGUCCGGCCAAAUUAGGGACCCAACUUCACUCACUUCUCUACGGGUACCUGUGCUGAAACCUAUGGAAUUAAUGGUUGAAGCAUCUCCUCGGCGAAUAUUUGCCAAUGCCCACACCUAUCACAUAAAUUCCAUCUCAAUAAAUUCAGAUCAGGAGACAUAUUUAUCGGCUGAUGACCUUCGUAUCAAUUUAUGGCAUAUGGAAGUCACUGAUCAGUCCUUCAACAUAGUUGAUAUCAAACCUACAAAUAUGGAAGAGCUGACAGAGGUAAUCACUGCAUCAGAAUUCCAUCCCCAUGACUGCAAUGUGUUUGUUUAUUCUAGCAGCAAAGGAACCAUUCGGCUGUGCGACAUGCGACAGGCCGCUCUCUGUGAUAGUCACUCUAAGAUGUUUGAGGAGCCCGAAGAUCCGACGAGCCGUAGUUUCUUCAGUGAAAUAAUAUCCUCUAUUAGUGAUGUUAAGUUUUCUAACAGUGGUCGCUAUAUGAUUUCACGAGAUUACUUGUCUGUUAAAGUUUGGGAUCUUCACAUGGAAACUAAACCCAUUGAAACUUAUCCGGUGCAUGAAUAUCUUCGCUCCAAACUAUGUUCGCUAUAUGAGAAUGAUUGCAUUUUCGAUAAGUUUGAAUGUUGUUGGAGUGGAAAUGAUUCUGCCAUCAUGACUGGCUCAUACAAUAACUUCUUUAGGAUGUUUGAUAGAACCACUAAGAGAGAUGUUACACUGGAAGCAUCAAGAGAUACAGCCAAACCUAGAACAUUAUUAAAACCAAGAAAGGUUUGUACUGCGGGAAAACGGAAGAAGGAUGAGAUCAGUGUUGAUUGCCUCGAUUUCAAUAAGAAGAUAUUACACACGGCAUGGCAUCCACAUGAAAAUAUCAUAGCAGUUGCAGCCACCAACAAUCUUUACAUAUUCCAAGACAAAUUUUAGCGAUCCUUCAAUGACUAGAGCUUAGGCCUUCUUCCUCAGUUGGUGGAUGUACGGACAGUGUUACUUGGUGGUGUAGGAGGAAUGGUCCAAUUAUGUGAUCACUGCACUUCCAUCAAGGCUGUCCAGUAAGAUGCAUCUACUGCUUGAAGCCAAACAACUCCCAGUAGCCACUUCAUCUUGGAAAACCCAAAUCAACAAGUGGCAUGUGUGUCUUUCGGGUUGUGUCUCCAAGUCGCCAGUGGUCUGAAGUGCCAUGAGUGAGUGGCAAACAAAACAAAACUACAAAAAAAAAAAAAAAAAAAAAAAAAAAUCAGCUAGGGCUUAUUGCCCACCAGCCAGUGCUGCCAUCCCAUAGGACUUUCCAGCAGCUGAUUUUAUUUUUUUUUUUAUUUAUUUUCCCAAGGCUGUUUAAAAAUCUAAAUAAUAUGGCAUGAAAUCAUGACUUAAGGAAUUUGCCAUAUUAGAAUAGUGGCUUAAAGUUUAUAAGAAAAUUUAUUUCUCAAACUGCUGUACUUUUUAUUUUAAAGUAAAAAAAUUUAUUUCAAAUAGGCUGAAUCAUUAUAAAAAAAUCUGUGAUUAAAAAUAUUGUUUUAUUUUUGUGCUUCCAAUCCUGCAUGUUAUUUUUUUAAAAUGCUAAAGGUUCAUUAAAAGUACUGUGGUGCUUGUAUUAUUUUUUAUUGAUAAGUGGAAAUAUAUAAUUUAAAUACACUCUAGAUAAGUUAUAUUGUGUCAGGUAAUUUUUUAAGUCAUGCAGAUCUAAACUCACUACUUCGAAGCUGGAAAAAGCAAGUUUUUCCUGACAACCGUGAUAAAGUGUGGAGAGCAAUCUCUCCUUGCAUGGAUGCCCCGACGAGUCAACAUCAACACAUUGAUGUUUGUUGCGCUGAAUGUAUGUCUGCAAAAGUAAUGUACACAUGUAAAUUAAAAAGGAAUAUGAAAAUUAAAAA